AUGUCUUCCAUUUUGAAGCUAUUGUUGGCCACACUACCUUUGGUUCUAGCUGCACCGGCAUCAAACAAAAGGGCAGAUGGUCCAACAGUCGUCAUCUCCAAACCUGAUGCCACUGUUAUUGGUGUAUCGGCCAACAACGUGGAUAGCUUCAAUGGUAUCCCGUUCGCAUUGCCCCCGACCGGUUCCAAUCGGUUGAAGCCGCCUCGACCAAUUGAAACGUCCCCCGAAAUAAUACAGGCUACUUUGCCUGCAAAGUCCUGUCCACAAUUCACGUUAAGCACCGACACAAGCGAUCUUCCCACCUCUAUCAUCGCUGAAGUCGGUAAUAUCCCAAUCUUUCAGGCGAUCAAAAAUUCAGGCGAGGAUUGUUUGACCUUGAACGUGCGCCGGCCAGCCGGUACGAAGCCGGAUGCGAAACUCCCGGUGUUGGUCUGGAUUUAUGGCGGGGGCUUUGAACAAGGUUCGAUCACAACAUACGAUGGCGCAGCUUUUGUGGCAAGCUCUGUGUCACUAGGUAUGCCUGUCAUCUAUGUUGCUAUGAACUAUCGCCUCGGAGGGUUUGGUUUCUUGCCCGGUGCGGAGGUCCUUGAAGAUGGCUCGGCGAAUCUCGGUCUUUUAGAUCAGCGCUUAGCUCUAGAAUGGGUCGCAGACAACAUUGCAGCAUUUGGAGGCGAUCCGACAAAAGUGACUAUUUGGGGAGAGUCUGCCGGCGCGAUCUCGGUCUUCGACCAGAUGGCACUGUACGAUGGCGACAACACAUAUAAUGGUUCCCCGCUAUUCCGAGGCGGAAUUAUGGAUUCUGGUUGUAUUGCGUCUGCGAAUCCAGUGGACGGCGUAAAGGGCCAAGCUGUGUACGACACCGUGGUCAAGAAUGCCGGGUGCGAUGGCGCCACUGACACACUUGCAUGUCUGCGAGGACUCGAUUAUACCAAAUUCCUCAAUGCCGCAAAUUCUGUUCCAGGAAUUCUGGGUUAUAAUUCCGUCGCCGAAUCAUAUUUGCCACGACCCGAUGGUUAUCUAUUGACCGAGUCUCCGGACCAGUUGGCCGCGAAGGGCAAAUAUGCAUCAGUUCCAUUCAUCAUCGGCGACCAAGAAGAUGAAGGAACUAUCUUUGCCUUGACUCAGAAAAAUCUGACAACAACGAACGAUAUAGUUGACUAUCUACAAACGCUUUACUUCUUCGAUGCCUCUCGACAACAAAUCACGGAUCUGGUUGCCACUUAUCAAGAUAUUCAGGAAGAUGGAUCGCCCUUCCGUACUGGAACCUCGAACAACUGGUAUCCACAAUUCAAACGACUUUCGGCCAUCCUCGGCGACCUUUCGUUUACUCUUACGCGCCGAGUCUUCUUGAACUACGCCCUGAAAGCAAAGCCGAAUGUCCGUUUUUGGUCCUACCUCUCGUCAUAUAAUCAUUCAUUGCCUUUUCUGGGAACCUUCCAUGGAUCCGACAUCUUGCAGUUGUUCUUUGGAAUUCAGCCGAACUACGCAUCUAAGUCUAUUCACGCAUACUACCUGUCCUUUGUCUAUGAGCAGGAUCCUAAUUCCAGGGCUGGCAAUUACAUGGACUGGCCACAGUGGAGUAACAAUCAGUCAUUGAUGAACUUCUUCAAUGACCAUGGGGCUUUGCUGCAGGAUAACUUCCGCCAGGACACUUAUGAAUUCUUGACAGCGAAUUUUGCCUCUUUCCAUAUCUGA